CUGGAGCGCUCAUCUCAAUUCCUUCCUUCAAUUCGACAACCUUCGACAAAUAGAUCAAAAUGCCCAAAGCCGCCAAGGGAAAGUCCAAGCCCGCCGCCGCCCCAUACGGCACCAAGAAGUCCACCAAGACUGCCACUAACCCUCUCUUCGAGAAGAGGUCAAAGUCUUUCGGUAUCGGUGGUGAUGUUCCUCCCAAGACGGACUUGACCCGAUUCGUCAAGUGGCCCGGUUACGUUCGUCUCCAGAGACAAAAGGUCAUCCUCAACAAGCGACUCAAGGUUCCUCCCGCUAUUGCCCAAUUCUCGCACACUUUGGACAAGAACACCGCCACUCAGCUCUUCCAGCUCUUGAACAAGUACAAGCCCGAAUCCAAGCAGGAGAAGAAGGCUCGUCUCUUGUCUGAGGCCGAGUCCCGAGAGAAAUCCGGUGACAAGGCUACGACCCACCAGACCAAAAAGCCCAACUACGCCAAAUACGGAUUGAACCACGUCGUUGCUCUCGUUGAGGCUCAAAAGGCCAAGCUCGUCGUCAUCGCCGACGAUGUCGACCCUAUCGAGCUUGUCGUCUUCCUCCCCGCUCUCUGCCGAAAGAUGGGUGUCCCCUACUGCAUCGUUAAGGGCAAGGCCCGUCUCGGUCUGAUCACUGGCAAGAAGACCUCCGCCGUCGUUGCCAUUGACGAAGUCCGAUCCGAGGACAGUCAAGCUCUCGCCAACCUCGUUUCCGCCUGCAAGGCCAACUACCUUGACAAGGCCGAUGAGAUCCGACGAACUUGGGGAGGUGGUAUCCGUGGCAACAAAUCCAUUGCCAUGCUCCGAAAGCGUGCCAAGGGUCUCGGACAGGACGCCAAAAAGAUCGACAUCAGCUUGUAAGGCAUGGUUGGACUACCUCGUUCAAUGGGAUGCUGUGCUUUACGGAUCGGAUAGGUCGUCUUUCCGUAGUGCGCAGAUGUAUGAUAUGAGCAUACUAUGGGGCCCAAUCGCUUUUCAGUGCUCGGCAGUCGCUGCAGGCGCAAAGUUUGAUCGUUCAAAAGUUAGGCCUAUUGACGCAUCCCCGCGGCGAUCGCCGUCUUUGAAGCUGCAUGCAUGACUUUGGGGCGGGCGAAUUUUAUCAUACG